GGAAAUCCUUUGGCUGCAGUGACUUCCGUGCUGCCCUGGAAAAUGGAGUUCUGCUUUGCGACUUAAUCAACCAGUUGAAACCUGGAAUUAUCAAACGAGUGAACAGGCUUUCCACUCCCAUUGCUGGACUGGAUAAUGUGAAUGUUUUCCUGAAAGCUUGUGGAAAACUUGGCCUAAAUGAGUCACAGCUGUUUCAUCCUGGUGACCUUCAGGAUCUCUCCACUCGGGUGACACUCAGGCGUGAUGAAAGCCAGAGAAGACUAAAGAAUGUUCUUAUUACAAUAUACUGGCUGGGUCGCAAGGCUCAACUUGACACUUUCUACAGUGGUCCUCAGCUUAAUUUCAAGGCUUUUGAGGGGCUGUUAGGGUUGGCCUUGUCCAAGGCUCUUGAAGAAGGCAGUUAUUCAUUUGUGAAAGAUGGGGGUUACAAGGAGUGCCACUACACAGAGGGAGAGGAAAGUCUGCAAACAGGACAGAGUUAUGAUAGAGGCAGUUCAAUGGAUGGCUUUGAGUGUGUGGACCGCCGAGCUGUCCGUCUAAAUGAGGAAGGUUUUGAAAGUGACGCUGAGGCAGAACAGGUGUACAAGAUGGACAGUGCAAAGGUUUCGAGCCAACAGAACAAAGGACAUAUUCCUGCACCGCUGCGUAGAAAACAGGGACGGGAGGAGAGAGCAGUGGGCCAUACGAGUCAACUCCCAAGAGCAUAUCAAACCCAAAUCAGGCCUGAGACACCAGUUCAGGUCAACCCUGGCUGGAUUUGGAGCAAAUCCCUCAGUGACAUCCCUAUGGUGUAUCCUGUGCGUAAAGUUUCAAAUGGAAAUGCCAUUUCUGAUAAAGGCCAAGACUCCAGCCUGCCGAGGGACUGGAAUCAAGAGAUUGAAAGGAACUAUAGCGUAGCUGCCAGGGACAGUGAAGCUCAGUGGCAGGAUGACUUGACCAGGUGGAAGAAUCGACGCAGGAGCACAAAGUCUGAACUGUAUAGGAGGUCAUUUGAAAGGGAGCAUAUCUUCAAACGGACGACCAAUGGGUCUGUGACAAAUUAUGAGGGUGAUGAAGCACAAGGAGGGCCCAUAAAGAGAGACCAGUCAUCAUGGUGGCACAGUUCCUCUCCCAGACCUUACUCUGUUUCUCCAGCCAAACCUCUGAGCUCUAAUCUCAGACCACAUAAUCGAGGUCAUUUGACCAGCAGCUAUGCCACUGAAGCCCCUUUAAUCUCCCAAAGCCAUUCUCAGGGGUCUCAACUGGGAGCCAAGCCUGAUUCUGGUGGGUCCUUCAUGGGAGAGGGGCCCUACUUUGCUUCUUUGGUAUCAGGUGGAAAAGGAGGAGUUACUACACCUUCUCCACACCAAGCUUUCACCUCUCAAACCCAAGUAAAAGCUGUGGGCAGCCAGUUUACCUUUAAUUCCACAUCUGGACAGGCGCAAAGUGUUUUGCCAAACCACAUCUCCUCACCUGUUAAACUUGCACAGCCAGAACUGUUUGAUACUAAAGAAGCCAAUUGGAGAAACAAUCCAGCUUCAUAUCUAUUCAGCUUUGAUCCGAAAGAGAGAACCUUUUCUCCAAAUGCAGUUGGUCAGUCAGGUGUUGAUGGAACUGGAUCUGAUUGGUCAAAUCCUCUAACCCCAAAAGCAUACCUGGAUUCAGCUCAAGAUGGAGCAGCCUAUCAGCAGGAGUCUGCAGGGAUCUCAAAGUCUUUGUCCAGAAAUACAGCAUGGUCCAGCUCUGCCAGCCUUCCUCGUGGGUACCGUCGGUCUGAGGGAUCCACUCGUCUCUCUUCCGCGGUCACAGCCAAACCAUUUGAGGCAAAGCCAAGCAGAAUGUCCUCACUACCAAGACAAUACAGUGCUGAUGAUUGUCAGAGUUUGAUGUUUAACACUCAGCAGUCACAUCCUUCGUCCACCAAACCAUCUCUUAAAAGACAGACUGCGGCGGCUCAUCUGAGGGGUCAGUAUCAGGCCUCAGUUAGGCAGAAGAAAGCCAACCAGGCGAGGCAGAAUGCUACAGGACAGAAGGAGGAAGUGAAUGGUCGGCGCUCCACCCAGAUGCAUCCUCAGCCUUAUACAAAGCAGCAGUCUUGCCACAACAAAAGCUUGGCUCUUGGAUAUAAUGCAAGUCCUGACCUCUCAAAGGUUGAUCACAGUGACAUGAGAGUGAGCCUGACUCUAAGACCGAACAGCUUACCAGACUUUGGCUUCCAAACUCACUGGGACUCCACAGGGGUGAGAAUAAAAUACAUUCAACCAGGCAGUCCGGCAGAGCACUGCCAGCUGUGUGUGGACGAUGAGGUUGUGACGGUUGAUGGCGUUGCAGUUGCACGCAUGACCUACAGUCAGUGGAAGGAUAAAAUAGCAUCCUCCCUACAAACUGGCAAUCUAACCAUGGACAUUCGCCGUUAUGGCGUGGAUGAUUGGGGGACAAAUAAAGGAAGUCAUCCCAACCAGUCAGGACAGAGCAAGUUGACCCUCAAUCUCACCUCUGCAGCACCUGUUUUAAUAGGUCGCUCCGAUCACCAUGCCAACAAUGCAGCCUCUACAGUACAAGCAGACAUACAGGAAUCCCAACUUAACGGGCAGACAGAUGAUGUAACCCAAGAAAAGGCCACCGUUGGGGUCUUUUCUGGUAACGCUACAAAGGCCAGACAUAAAGAAAAUAAUAUAACUAGAGAAAAUCAGAAAAAGAGGGAAGAGUUUUUCACGCAGAAAGGCUUUGCAGGAAUCAGCUCAUGGGUUUACUUGUGUGGAGGAUCAGAGUCGGCAAUUUCUGACAUCCAGGUGCCCUCCCUCAACCCAUCCUCAUCCAGCUGGUCUUGGGACCAUGAGGAGGAUCGCAGGCGUCAGGAGAAGUGGCAGGAAGAGCAAGAGCGCCUCCUGCAGGAACAAUACCGGCGAGAUCAAGAGAAGCUGGAGGCAGAGUGGCAAAGGGCACAACAGGAUGCAAUGGAAAGCGAGAUCCUGAGGGAGAACACGGCUGAGGUGGGCAGCAGCCGUGAGACGUUUGCCACUUCGCAGCUUUAUGUCAAUGGACUGACGAAGGAAACGAAAGAGAAGCUGAACCUUGGCAGAGAAGAUCAGAAAAAGGCAGAACUAAAUCAGAAUAACAUGAUUACAGAGAAGGAUUGGGCUGAGGGCUCCCAUGGUUUCGCUCAGCUGUCCCAUGCGCACAGGGCAAUGUCCAUGUCUACGCCAGCUUUAUCUGGAACCCACAGACAGACAAGAAGUUUUGUUGAUCCAAGGAAGAGAGGACUGACUGUGUCAAAGGCUGAGAGACAGAGACAGCAGAUUUUGGAGGAGAUGAAGAAAAGGACUCAGCUUCUGACUGACAACAGCUGGAUACGUCAACGCAGCGGCAGUUUUCACAAGGAGCCAAUCGAUGUUGGCAUUUCCAUGAAGAGAUACGAGUCUCUGGACAAUCUGGAUAUCCUACAUCAGUCCCCAGACUGUGCUGCAACAUUCACUUACCCUCGCCCCCAUUCAUCUGCCGGAGUUUACGGCGCUCUGAGUAGGAAUCCCUCCUCACGCUACAGCACUGGAUCAAUAUCAUUUCAGAGAAAUAUAAACACAGAGUCCUCUCAUCAUGCCAGGAUGGUCAGUGGCAGGAGGACUUGCUGUGUGUGUGAGCGUGCCCUGGGUAGUGGGGCAGCCAUGGUCAUAGAGACCCUUAGUCUCUGUUUCCACCUGACCUGUUUCCAGUGUGUGGGCUGCCAUCGACACCUCGGAGGAACAGAGACUGGAGUCCAGGUUCGCAUCCAAAACAGGAGGCCCUACUGCGACUACUGCUAUUUCCAACUCAAGUCCCCUGCUACCCACAUGUGACCAACACACUGUGCUCCAGAUACAAGAGUAAACUGUGGAAAAUGUCACCAUAACGAGAGAACUUUUUUUUCUUUUUCAUACAAAGAACUAUGAGAUUUGUAAUGUUGGGUCUUGGGAUACACAACUAAAUUAAAUUACUAGCUGGUUUUAUCUCGUAAAUGCCAUUAAGCUGAACUGUAUUUCUGCUAAUUUAAUUCCAAAAAUGUAGAUUUAAAUAUAAAUUAAAGAAUUGAAUUACAACUGUCUAAUUACUUAAUUGAUUUUGUGGCGUCUGUGUGCUGUGUCUAGCGUUCCCAACAGUGCAGUAAAUAUUUCAGAUGCUUCUGCAGAGGCUGUAAAAUGUGACACAUUUUAAUAAUGUACUGAAGCAUUUUCUGCUUACUAGUAAGGUUUAAUGUGCUUGUUGGGAUAACUCAUUGAUGUAUACAAUACAUGAACACUGUUCUAUUAAAACAUUUGUAAAUAAAAGUACACUAAACAAAAUCCACCUGGUUUGUUCAUGUUGUCAUAUAACCACAUGGUGGCACUAUUGUUCUCAUAAUGAAACUGUCUCUGUUGGUAGAAAUGUUUAACUUAGUUUUGAAUAUAUCCAAAUUAUUUCAUGUUGCUGGUGUGGAAGCCUUUCAAAUGUUUCCCUCUGUAUCGUAAUUUCUGAAUAAAGGAUUCAAGGUU